CAUGGCUUUCGCUCUGCAGCUGAACGGUAGUACUUCUCCUGUGCGGUAGGUGGCAGUCAGAUGCUACCAGCUACUUUCCAAAUUUGGAGGAGAAAGGCAAACUGUUCAUGCAACGGGGAUAGCUAGCUUUUUCAGAGGUUUGUCUUUGCUGCUGUAUUGCAGAGACAAAAAAAAACCAUACAAAAUGACCAAACUGCAGCUGCUGCAUCGCGCGCUGAACGAGCGUCUGAUGGCGGCGGUGGAGCAGAUCAUGGAGAUGGUCGGCGAUACGGUGCUGGAGUAUGAAGAAGAGACGAUCCGGGCACGGAAAGAAAACGAGGUUCUGAGACGGAGGCUACGGUGGAUGGAGGGGGCAAAUCGAGCGGACUGGCCAGGCCCAUCAGAACCUGUUACGCUUUCCACAAUGGACGAGGCCAAUCCAUCCCGGCAAGAUGAGUGUGCUGUCAACUUUGGGUUUGGACAGGAAUUAGAAGCUCUUGAAAUCAAAACAGAGACGACUGAUCUCCCACUGUGCAUUAGACCUGAAAGCAGCGUCACCACAUUACCUCAAAGCAUUGAUCAGGGAUCUGACAAUGCCGGGACAGGUGCUGGUAUUGCCUAUGGCCUGACAGACAGUAUGACCUGGGACUCUGCACAGAGUUACAUGGCCCCUCUGGACUUUGAUCCAACUUCAGGUCCCACCAGGGUCCGGCGCUGGAGAGGACGUAACAGAAGGCAGAGGAUGUCCUUUGCCUGUCCAGACUGUGGUAAAAUCUUUGGAAGGGAACAGAGGCUGAUCAUUCAUAUGCGGAUUCAUUCCACCGAGAGGCCUUAUGCAUACCGCCGGCGCAAGGCGUGCUUCUAUGGUGAUAAUAAGAAAAAGAGGAAACUGCACAGGCUCUCUCAGCUAUCAAGAGAAAUUGUGGAUGAUCUGUCAGAUGGCUCUGAGCAGACGAACAGGAGUAGUGCAUCAUCUGAACAACUAGAAACUACUGCACCAGGCCAAGAAGAAGAGCCUGAGAGUGACCACACCAGCAGUGAUAAACCAGAAAAGAGAAUUACCACCCCUGUGCGGAAUCAGCGCAACAAAAAAAGAGUUGUAAACCAGAUUGUGACAGAACCAACACCGUGUCAGUGCCCUCAUUGCCCUCAUCGGAUGUUCGCUCGGCCCUGUCAGUUAGCCAUGCACAUGAAGACCCACACGGUCACCGCUCUUACCAACCUACCCACCCAAGCACAGUCAGGAACUCGGGAGAUAGUGGAUGUGAAGAGGAAGUUACCCAAGAAGCAAAGAAAAAAUGAUGUGGAGAAGGAGGCCAAAGUUGCUGACAAACGUGAGCUCCAUUGUCCAGACUGUGACAGAGUCUUCUUUUAUGCAAGUCGGUUGCGUGUCCACAUGAAGUCCCAUAAGUCCAAAAGGGCUUUAUUACACAAAACUCGGCCAAUCAAGACUGAGCUGACUAAAGAAGAAACAAUGGUGGCAGUGCCUAAAACUACAGAAGUACAGAAUUUGAAGGAGCUAAAGAAAACAUAUGCCUGCCCGCAUUGUGAUAAAGUGUUUACUCGUGAAGGAUGGCUGGGGCCGCACAUUCGCACUCAACACCAGGAAGUAAAGAACAUGAGUGAUAACGUGUUUGGCAGUGGCCGUACAAGAUCACAACAGCCUUUCACCAAGCGAUUUCGUAAGUGCACAACUAAGACGCGGGAAGUCUCUAAGAAGCCAAGACUGAAGAACCGGGAAACUAAAGAAUCAAGAAGUGUCAAGGCUAAACCUUGUCAAACAAGUGAUGAGUUCAUCCUGGUUGUUGAUGUGCCCACAAUCACAAAUAAUGAGGCCGAACAAAGUGCAGAUCUUCCUAUAAUGAGCACAGAUGAGGCUGAACAAAGUGAAGAUCUUUUGAAAACGGGCACAGAUGAGGCUGAACAAAGUGCAGAUCUUCUUAAAACGAGCAUAGAUGAGGCACAACAAAGUGCAGAUCUUCUUAAAAUGGGCACAGAUGAGGGACAACAAAGUGCAGAUCUUCCUAAAACGAGCAUAGAUGAAGCACAACAAAGUGCAGAUCUUCUUAAAAUGGGCACAGAUGAGGGACAACAAAGUGCAGAUCUUCCUAAAACGAGCAUAGAUGAAGCACAACAAAGUGCAGAUCUUCUUAAAAUGGGCACAGAUGAGGGACAACAAAGUGCAGAUCUUCCUAAAACGAGCACGAAGGAGUCAGAGAGCACUUCUGAGCAAUCAAAGGACACCUCAGGCUCUGACCGUGGAACAUCAAGCACUAAAAAUCUGAAGAGGAUGUUUCCAUGCAAAACAUGUGGCAAAGAGUUUGUUCUGGAGAAGAGGCUAAAGAAGCACUCAAGGAAACAUGUAGGGCGUAGGUUGCAGGAUGAAAAGAAAAUGAGAAGAGAGCAAGCUCUAAUGGAAACUAAGCUUGAGGAACAAGAAAAAAGGAGAUCGGAGGAAAAAGAGAGGCUUGAUGAUAAGAUGUCAACAAGUAAUCACAACCCAAAUACUGUGCAGACGCGUCAAGCAUCCCCAAAAAAAGAGUCAUUACAAAAAAGCAGAAACGGAGGUCAAGGGCCACUACCCUGCCCAUUUUGUGGCAAAGUUUUUGCUUGGGAAAUGCGGCUAUUGAUGCAUAUGCAGAUUCAUUGUGGUGAGAAACCUUACGCCUAUCGGCAGCGCAAGAGACAUUUUUAUGGUGACCUGAAAAGGGGCCAGCACCCGAAAAUCCAUAAUCAGGAGCCUUCGGGGGACAAAAGUGAGUCUGAAGAGUCUGAGUAUGAAGAGACGGUGAAUAAGGACAGAUCUGCACAUCUGAGCAGCAGUGCAACCCAUGCAGUGUCUGGAGCUCUCGCAAGCAGUAUUGAGACCACUGUACCAGAGUACUAUACUGGCAACCCCGGCCUUUUACCUCCGAGAGCUAUUGAGCAGCCUACCACCUCUUACAAAAGUAAUCAAAGAACCAAACCCGAACUGGUCAGUGACAUCAUGAGCCACUUCAAUUUGCAGCCCAGGAUUGUUCUCCAACCAAUUAUGACUGAAUACAAGUAUUGGAGCUCAGUGCCUCGGGUAGCUGACUUGAAAUCAGGUUGCUCUGAAAAAAGUAGUGACUUUGAUCACAAACAAACCUCAUACUCCGUAUUGGUUGAUGAUGAAAUGGUGGCUGCUGUGGAAGAUAAAAUUGUGGAUUCCAAUCUUUGCACAUUGCCAUUGGAAUUCUCUAGUCAUGGCAUCCAGAACAAGCCCGAAAUAUGCCUCCCUGGUAAUCCUGAAACCGAAGUAGUCUUUGUGGAGGUUGGAUCUCCACAGCGUGAUUCGGAAGUAGAGCUUGACAACAUUGGGGGGCCACUGGCCUUUGAAUCCUCUGAGGGAAAAAACGCGGAGAGUCAACAAAAAGAUGACCGCAACUCAAAUUUUCCUGGUGUUUCAGAAAAAACAGCCAGAAAACAGAUAUCACUUAUAGAAAUAGAUGACGAAGUAAAGCAGUCAAAUGCAAGAACUGCUGCUGAAAAUGCUCUGUCUGAAUGUGGAAGAACGAAGUGUGAUUGGAAGUGUGAUUGUAAGAACAUUUCUGCUAUGAAAUUAACAGUCAUGCCACAGAGUAGCGUUUUAGAAUCUGGCACCAUUCAGAAGAACAUUGACUCAAAAUUAGUUUGUGUUGUCCUCUCAGAUGUUGAAGACAAUGUUGAUGAAGAUGUGUUGAGUCCCUCCAAAGGUUUAGAUAAAAAGAAAACAGCCUCUGUUCCUAGCAUUCAAAAUGAACAAUUAGAUGUGGGGAGCAAACCUGGCAAAAGUCCCUCCAGCAACUCCAACUUUCCAGCUCCAGAUGCAACUGAACCCACCAAAUCUAUUGAUGGUGCCUCACAACUUACUGAUGAUCAAAGUAUCUCAAACGACCCACUCAGACACCAGAUGGCCUUUACUGCCAUCAGACAAACAGAGGACAGGCCCAUGAGUUCAAAGGAUAGAAUAUCAUGUCAAACAUCUGAUAUGGUAUUUGCUGGUCAAGAAUCUCUGUCGGAAGUUCAUGCUGACAAUAAACUGCUAGACAUGGAGAUUGUCAAUGGCGGUGAGAGAAAAAAUAAGAAACUGGGUCUGAACAACCAGAUGUCAGAAUCUGUUCUGGAUGAUUCAACUGACAACUUUGAAAUCUCAGGGACAAUUGAACCACCUGUACAAAAUGUGAAAACUUGUGAGUUACUUGUGAAAAGUUCUGAAGGAUUCGAAAUGCCUUUAUUCACAUCCCAUCAAACCUCUGAUGGUAGAUGCAAGACUGCAGUGAGCAGUGGAGAACAAAAAAAAGUAAAGCAAGCACUAUAUUGUCAGUUUUGUGAGAAGGCAUGUAGAAAGAUAGAACUGCACCUGAAGUGUGUUCACGCAAAAGAACCUGAAGUGGUAAAAGCUUUAAAUCUUGACACAGACUGUAAAGAAAGGAAACCGUUAUUGAGCAGUUUUGCUAUUAAAAAGAACUUCAACCAACCUAGAGAUUCUCGAAUCGAUUGUGAUGAAGAUGUUCACUGCAUUUUUUGCCAUGAGUCUUUUGGAUGGAACAGAUUUCGGGAGCAUGCUCUUAUAUGUAAGCAUAACAUGAAUCCAGCUGCAUCCAGCAAAACUCAGGAAAUGUUUCAUGCAGAAUUGGAAAAUCUUGCUCCAGACACUAUCAGCAUCUCCAGACCUUUAGAGCCACCUAAUGCUCCUGUGUCAAAUCUCUCAGAUUUACGUGAUCGCCCUAUACCAGAAACUAGGAUAUGUGAGGCGAAGGAGAACCAUACUUUAGUGUCAGAUCAUUCCCAAAUUCUAUGCACUAGUGACAGCCCAGCACAGAAGGUUUGUGAUCCGAAAUCCUCAAGCCCUCCUCAUCUUGACUCUUGCCAGGGUGCGGCUCCAAAAACCUAUUAUCCAGAAGUGAAGGGGCCAACUGUUUCUAACAUUGACAGCAUUAUAGCUCAAAUUGAUCUUGAUGCACAAUUAUUAAAGCCAUCUGGUCUAGAUUCUUGCCAAUGUUCUGCAAUAAAUCCUCCUUAUUUGGAAUCUUCAUUCAGUACAUCACGGAACCCUGAUGUGGAGAUACUUGAACCUCCCAUACUAGAUUCCUGUCAAUCAAUACGAGUCGUAGAAUCUACAGUUCAAACCCUUCCUUUUUCAAACACUGGUUGCAAUGUUCUUCAGCUGUCCCUUAUAAAACAAUCAGAUCAUCUCAGACUUGUGAACCAACCAUUUUCUUCAGAUCCAGAGGUGUCUUGUGAUUUAGAACCUGAUGGUUAUUCUUCUUGUGAUACUGGGUGUUGUGACAGCCUUCAGCUUUCUUCAAAACCAAAGGUUGCUUCACGUCCUGCACCCUUAAACUCUUCUUCAGAAUGCAAUGCAGAUUCAAAGUGUACUCUUAAGCUAGCUGUGUUUGAUGAUACGUAUUUGGGCACUAAUGAGACAGAGCAAACCCAAGAUUCAGCUGUAGAAAGGAACAUCUUCACGGUCUCAGGCAGCUCUGAUGUGCAUCUAAAACCUGAAAGUCACCAUACUCCAGAUCCUAAUAGCUAUAACGUUGAACAAACCCAGUGUCAGCAGCCUGAAAGUAUUGAAAAUCCAGAUGCUGGCAGGAGUGGGAAUCAGCCAACAGCUGAUCUAGAAUUAAAGUCAGUUCCUUCUAUUCAAGAAAUCAAAUCCAGAGCCGUAGGACACAUGUCUUACCUUAAAUUCCAAGAGUGUGAUCUUCAACAAGACCCUGAGAAGAUCACUGAUGAGAAUGGCAUUGAUUGUGCUGUUGAAGUUCAACAUGACUCAAGCAUAUCAGUGACAAGCAAGCAAAAGAGAAAAAGAGUCUACCAGAUUAGCCGUCUGAAAGAGGAGUCAAAGAAAAGUUGUCAAAGUUCUCAUUCUCAGGGUCCUGGAUGCCAAACCAAUUCCACUGAUGACAACUCCAGCGUAUUCAAGAUACAUCACUGCUUUUACUGCAAGCAGCCACAUUAUAGAAUGAUGGAUCAUCUUCAGUCAGUUCAUGCUAAUGAACCAGAGGUGGCAAAAGCUCUUACCUUUGACAAGAGCUCAGAAGAAAGGAAACAACUUUUGAACCAUCUACAAACUAGGGGAAAUGUUCUACACAACACAAAUGUGGUUCAAAGUAGUAAACAAGGUUUAAAACCAUUUGGGAAGUUUGCAUCGGAGUGCUCAUUUGAUGAUAGUGUUUAUUGCAUCUACUGUUUAGGGUUAUUUAACAAGAAGUCUUUUGCUUCACAUUUAGAGCAGUGCAAGGGCAAAUCAACUCAAAGUGCUGAGGCUAGCUGUGGUGAAAUGCUUCCUGAUGCUGGGCCCAUUCCUCCAGCUCCUACACUUAUUUCCCCCUCUAGUCCAGAAGAGAUUGAUGCCAAUAUAGAACCAUCAGGUUUUCAUUGCCUAAAUACCAUCUAUGAAACAGAUUUUGAAAAUGAACAAGGAAGUACUUCCCUUCCAGACCUCAGCUGCAAUGUAGAGCAACCAGACAUCUCAAGUCCAAAUGAGGAGGUUAGAAACAAUAGACAGGCAGUGGGUGCCUUUUUACAAUUCAGACGUUCUCCUGAAAAUGAAGUAGGUUACGAAUUGAAGUCGGGUAAUUCUCCCAAUCCAAGCACUGGUCAAGAAUCAACAGACUGUAAGAAUGAAGGAGUAAGUCUCCCAAAGUGUGAUGUUGAUCAAGAAAGGGCAAUGACACCAACAUCAGACACCAGCUCCAUCAGUCCUCACCCAGAAUAUGAUGUUCUCAGAAAUCCAUGUGAUGAUUUCAGUCCACCUCAAAAUGCCCAAACUGUGUCUAAUGACACACACAAGAGUAGCGUGAAAGCCCAAACUUAUGGAACAGGGAUGAAGAGGAGGAAGUGGUGCUCACGUGUCCAUAAUCAGCCAUCAACAAAGAGUCCUGAGGAUUUACCAAAUGCUGUUACAGAUGACACAGGGGGAAAAGUUUCAGCCACAAAGCAAGACACAUAGGUGAGAGAGUUCCACUUUGAAGAAGCAGGACAGCAAAGUCAAAGACUAUGACACGGAUUGCGAGAAGUUAUUGUUUACAUCUUAGUGUUAUGUUUUUUCAAAACAUAUUUAUUUGUUUUUUAAAAUAUGUUUUACAAUGUUGUCUCAAUCUAAUGGGUUCCAUACUUUUCCGGUAUGAUUAAUUUCAGCCUGCUGUAUUGUACAGAUCUUAGCAUAUGUUUAAUAAAUAACUCCAGAUUGAGAAUAAAAAAAAGUUAGAGGAAUCUAAGGAUAUAUUGGUCUUUUUUUUGGUAUCUGAUAUGUGACUUAAGGCAGUUUUCAGUUACUCAUUCCAAAGCUGAGACACUAGACAUAACAGCCGU